CAGUCAUCCUAAUUGCUCACAAACAAGCUAGCUAAUUUCUUUGACAAUAAAUCAACAACUCUAUGCAAGAAGUGCACAAAACCAGCCCCUUCUCACUUUCACUGGGAACAAGACAAACAGGUUAACAAUAAGAAACAAAAUGGUGAUAACAGAUAUAAAAGAUCACAGCUACUACAUAUACGGUAUCGCCCAACCUCCUGCCGGCAGUCACUUAAGUGGCAGAAGUAUUUUCCUUAUUUGUCUUACCAGCCCAAUUAUAAGCCUCUGCUCUCUCAUAAUUGUGGCAUUGUCUAAAGAUUGGUCAAAGUACUGGAAUCCCUAUAGAAAAUGUCUACUUGGUGUACUGUUUACAUCACUUAUUUUUGGAAUAGUCAGCCUUUGCAUAGAAGCUUACUUAGAAAGCAAUCACGGAAAAUGGAAUUUGGGAGCAAAUUUUUGUAUUUUAUGGCAUGCCUUGUCUAGAACUAUUCAAGACGCGGCUAAUAUAAGUAUGAUUUGUUUGAAUAUCGAUCGGUGUGUUUCACUUCUAAAGCCACAGGUUUACAUGUCAAAAUGCUAUGAAUAUGGCAUUCAUAUUAGUUUGCUUUCGAUGGCAAUUUUAAGUGCUUUAAUCAAUCUAAUAGUUAUGUUCCUCAAUUUCAAUAAUGCUCAUCACGACACACGUGAUAACGAUACAUGUCAUCUGUUACAAGAUAUUCUCUUCCCCUAUUUUUCCCUGUUUUUGCUCGUCUUGCUCCUAUCGUCUGCCAUUGCACUAGUGGCUUCAACUUCAAAGACCAAAUUUUAUCCUUCCCUAAAGAUGGACGACAAACACAUCGGUUGUGUCAUGCCUAUUUUGUUGACUGAUUUUUCCAUCGUUUUCUUAUGUCUUGUGCCAAGAAUUGUCCAAGUUAUCUUAAUAAGCAACUCAUCCGGUGUAAUAAUACCUUACCAUUAUACUGUAGAAACGCUACGUGUCCUAAACUAUGCUGAUUGGUCAAGCUUCGUCUUCCUGCCGUUUCUUUUGCUUUUUGAUGCUAACAUAAUAAAAAGCAUUAAAAAUAUAUUCUCCUGUAAGCAGCGAUCUCGGAAGUUCGACUUGUGACUCUGAAAUAUGAAACUUCUCGUUAAAUGAUACAAAAACCUUCAUGUUCUUCGGUCCGUUAACAAUAAUUUAAAACCAUCGCUGAUUUGAGAGAGCGGUAUCUCUUAUCACAUCGGAUUCACUGUCUUUGGAUAAAUAUACGUUUGGUGGAAGGAUAUUUCACAGAAAUUUAGGAAAAAGUGACUAUUUUUUUACUUCGAGAAAGAAGAACAGUUCAAUAAAAUUAAUAAAUGAAAUACAA